CGCCAAGCUCCACAACCGCGCGCUAAUGCGCAUGGUCUCGGACCUCCGGCGCGCCCACCCCGGCAUGGCCAUCCUCUACGCGGACCAGUACAGCCCCGUGGCCGCCAUCGUCAGGUCGCCUCGGCAGUACGGAUUCGGGGACAAGCCGCUCGUGGCGUGCUGCGGCGGGAGCGGCACCUACAACUUCACCUUGACCACCUUCUGCGGCGUGCCCGGGGUGGCGGCGUGCGCUGACCCGUCGAAGUACGUCUCGUGGGACGGGAUACACAUGACCGACGCCGCCAACCGGAACGUCGCCGGCGCGGUGCUCAGGUCCACCGUAUUGCGCCAACCGCUAGAUAAACUGGAGCUGGCCUCCAGCUAG